AAGACGAAGAAGAAGCUACAUAAGAACCGGACUGCGUCCCGGUGAGCUGACCUCCUGCUGCCCGGUGAGCUGACCUCCUGCUGGGCGGCAGCAGGCUGGAACCUUCCGGCCUCUGGCGGAGCUUUGCAGCCGAACGGUGAGCAGCUUCUGCCCGAAGGUUUUCUUCACUUUCAUCGAUGUUUGUGUGGAAAUGUUGUUAUUUUAGCAGCUGCUCAUUCCGCUUAGAGGCUCUGAAAUAACAAGGUGAGCUCCACCUGAGGGAUGAGCGUCUGUCUCCACCUGCUGCGGGGCUGCAGUGGUUUCCAUCAUGGCCGCUCGCUGCUCCGCCCGUUCCGGCGCUCCGUGGCGUUCAGGCGGCUGAGCUCGGGGAACCGGAUCAGCCGGAGCCUCCAGGAGAGCUACCGGCUGCUGCAGCUGCCUGCCGAGGGCCACAGCAGCCCCGCCCAGGUGAGGGACGCCUACCUGCGCCUCGCCAAGCUCUACCACCCGGACUCUGGGGAAGCCACUGCCGACGCCGCGCUGUUUGCUCAGAUCGAGGAGGCGUACCGGACCGUUCUGACCCAUCAGAGUAAGACCAGGCUGCAGGAAGGAGCAACGCAGGAGGAGGAGGAGGAGGACGCGGCGCGGCGAGCCGCCCCGCAGCACAGACACUACCUGAGCUACGAGGGCGUGGGCUCAGGGACCCCCAGCCAGCGGGAGCGCCAGUACCGGCAGAUCCGUGUGGACAGGGCGGCCGAGCAGGUCCUCAGCUACCGUCAGAGGGAGCACGAGAGGGCGGCGGCGGCGGAGGGCGCGUUGGUGGAGCGGGACACCCGGCAGCGCAGCCGCAAGAUCAAGAUCACGCAGGCGGUGGAGCGGCUGGUGGAGGACCUGAUCCAGGAGUCGAUGGCGCGCGGCGACUUCCGGAACCUCAGCGGAGCUGGGAAACCGCUCAACAAGUUCCAGCACAACCCGUACGCCGACCCCAUGACCCACAACCUCAACCGCAUCCUGAUCGACAACGGCUACCAGCCGCCAUGGGUGGUGACGCAGCGCGACAUCAGGGAGGGCGCCGCGCGGCUCCGCGGCCGGCUGCUGGACGGCCGGGCCCGGCUCGCCGACCCCAUGACCCCGGCAGAGCAGGAGCAGUGGGAGCGGCUGUGCGCGUCGAUGGAGGAGGAGCUAAAGAAGCUCAACAAGAUGGUGGACAACUAUAACCUGAUCGUCCCCAUGCUCGGCAUGCAGAUGGUCCACUUCAGCAUGGCCAGGGAGACGGAGCGCGCACAGAGGGGCGCCGAGCGGCGCCGCGCCGACCUGCUGAGGGUCCGAGAGGCGGAGCGACAGAGAAGGAAGGAGGAGAAGAAGAAAGCCGACUCUGCAGCAAAGACUCGGAGAAAAACAGCUGGACUGCUGACCUGGAUGCAGCGUCUGCUCCGACUCUGAAGGUCAAAACCAAACCUGGAGGUUCGCUCUGAUGGCGUUUAAAAAAGGAAACGCAUCCCGAGGGAAAACAUGUUCAGCAUAAAAUAAUCCACUGAGCAGACGACGCUAAACUCUGAGGGACGCUGUGAUGUCAUUUUAAUCAGGAAGUGGUCAUUUUACGCAGCGAGUCAAUAUUUAUUCACCUUAGUGAUGCAGUUUUUAUCCUUUAACGAAUACGAAGCAAUCAGAGUUUUAUUAAGCUGCUAAAUGUUCUUUGAUCUUAAACCAAAACUAAAAUCAAUCCAGUCUUUAUUUCCAGGUUUAGUGAACCUGCAGAUAGAAACGGACGAACGGCGCCGACCCUUUGGAAUGACUCUGACCUGGAAGACGGCGAAUCAUCAGCAGAACUUUGAUCUCAUGCAGAGUCGCUGGAAGCUCGUCAUCUUCCAGAACAUUUUCAAGAUGCUGCUGCUGUUUUAAUUAGUUUAAACCAGAGUCUAACCUUUAGUUUGAAGGUAAUCCAUUUAGUAAUCUAUUACUGGUUAACUGGAGCAUAGAGACUCUAACAUUUGCCUUUAGCUGAGAGAACAACUCACUGGAAUUAUACCAAGAUUAUAAAAAUAAAUCUACAAAGAUUUAGCAUUUAAGAUAAAUGAUAUUUCAGGUCUGUCAAUCUGCUCCAUCUGGAACUCCAGUUUUAGUUUCAUCGGUUUUUAUUUGACAAAAAGUCAAUUCAGUUCUUAUCCAUUAUUAAUUAGUUAUUAGCUCCAGUCUUAAUCCAGAUAAUAAUCCUGAUACAGGAUUUUUUAAAGAUUCUCCAACAUGGUGAUAUCAGGAUAUUUAACGGAACAAGCAGUUCCCCCCCAAACCAGAGGGGGGCAGCAGAGACCAUUGACAGCUUCAGCAUCGGACUCAUAAAGUCUGCAGGUUUUUCACUGAA